AAGGCUGUCUGGGAUUGGAUAACACUCAUCUUGGUUCUCUACAUCGCCCUGGCUACACCCUACUUUGCCGCCUUUCAUUCCACAAACGUUACCACCGUAAACAUCCUGGCGCUUGUGGACCUAGUGGUUGACGCGAUGUUCAUCGCGGACAUCCUCAUCAACUUCCGGACCACCUACCUCUGCGAUGGGGAGGUGGUUAGCGAACCUGGCAAGAUCGCCAUCAACUACAUCAAAGGUUGGUUCUUUAUAGACGCCAUCGCUGCAAUACCAUUCGACUUUCUUCUGUUU